UACCGAAUUAGUUAUCGUGAUGUUUGCGGCCAUAUAUUUAGGCAUAACUCUAUACCCGAUUACACCCAUCGCCAGAGUCUACGAAUUGGAUCAACUGAUGGACACAUUGGGGCCAUUAUUUAUAUUCACAACGAAGUCUGACAGACAAACGGUCAGAUUUGUGGCCGUUUUGGACGACAACCAUAACGUAUACGUGCCGUUCAAGUCGCUCCUGUCUGAGGGACAGAACCAGAUUCUGGACACUAUUCCGCACUUCGCCGUCAAACCCAAGAAAGACAUUUGCAUUUUGUUGCAAAGUUCGGGCACAACGGGAGCGCCAAAGUCGGUGAUGAUAUCGCACACGGCGUUUGUGGCCGCACUCAUGGCCUUCAUUAAGCCCGAUAUGAACGACGAAAGCGGCGGUAAUAACCGGACGUCACCUCUGGUGGGUUUCCAAAUGACUCAAUUUAGUUGUAUGUCUGGUGUGGCCGUACUCUUUGGUUACGCCACUGGCGCUGUCAGUCAAGUGAUUGCCAACGAGAGAGACGACCGAAUGAUUUUUAAAGCCAUUCAAGACUAUGGCGUGAAUUUUAUGGGAAUGGUUCCCGCGUUUGGUCACAAACUUCUUAACGAAAUGUGUGACGAAUACGAUCUCUCGAGUCUGAAGGCUCUGAUGGUUACCGGCGCUGCCUUUGCCGCAAAUGUGGCCAAAGAUAUAAUGCAAAAACAUAAGGUCUCUGUAGUUGAAGUGUACGGAAUGACAGAAUAUUGUGGCCUAACCUCUCCCGAUGGAGAAUACAUACCGGGAUGUGUUGGCCGACCGUCUGAUAACACCGAUAUGAAAGUAAUCGACAGUAAAGGCAACAGUUUAGGGCCUGACUUAGACGGCGAACUCUGCGUUCGCGGACCCAAACUGUUCUCCGGUUAUCUGAACAACGUUUUGGCCACCAAUGAGGCCAUCGACGAUCACGGGUGGCUCCGCACGGGUGAUAUCGGACACUACGACUCGAGGCACCGCUUCUUCAUCACUGAUCGGCUGAAAGAGCUGAUCAAAUACGGCACUAAACAGGUGUCGCCCACAGAAUUGGAACAGUUCUUACUGACACACGAAGCCGUGGCCGAGGCUGUGGUGAACAUAAUCGACAAACAAAUGGAGUUAAACCGUUUGGCGACGAUCUCGAUGGACAUCUAUAUGGUGACAGCCGUGUUGUCGCGGGCGUCGCACACAAUGGUUACGGGCGUCCGGAACAGCGAUAUCGACAAAGAGACGGCCAUCGCUGUGAGUAUGGAUGCCUUCCUCAACACAACCAAACUGUUGGACGAGAUGUUAGGCGACUCUUGCACUUCAAACGACUUCCGCAAUACAAUGAUUCACAACCGGAACAUGAAAUUUGACGGCUAUUUCGCGAUGCCUACCAUCGAUCGCAUCAUU